AUGGCGGGCCGUCGCCCGCCCGAGUCCCGGGACGCCAGGCGGGGCCGUCGCCCGCUCCCGUCGCCGCCAGGGCGGCCUCGCCCGCCCGUCCCGGGGGGACGCCUGGCGGGCCGUCGCCCGCCCGUCCCGGACGCCUGGCGGGCCGUCGCCCGCCCACCCGUCCCGGGACGCCGGCCCGUCGCCUCCCGCCCGCCCCCACGGGCGCCGGCGGGCGCCUCGCCCGCUCCGCCCGGACGCCUGGCGGGCCCUCGCCCACGGGCGUCCCGGGACGCCUGUCGGGCCGUCGCCCGCCCGCCCGGGACGCCUGCGGGACCGUCGCCCGCCCGUCCCGACGCCUGGCGGGCCGUCGCCCAGCCCGUCCCGGGACGCCUGGCGGGCCCGUCGCCCGCCCGCGGGAACCCGGGACGGGCCUGGCGGGCCGUCCCGGCCCGCAAGCCGUCCAGGGACGCCGGCGGGCGUCCGCGUCCGGGACCCAGCCCUCCCGGGACGCCAGCGUGGGCCGUCGCGCCCGCGUCCCGACCCGCCCACGGGCCUGGCGGGCCGGUCGCCCGCCCGUCCCGGGACGCCUGGCGGGCCCGUCGCCCGCCCGUUCCAGGGACGCCUCGCCCGCCGUCCCGGGACGCCUGGCGGGCCCGUCCCAGCCCCGCCCACGCCAGGCGGGCCCGUCGCCCGCCCGUCCCGGGACCGUGGCCCGGGACGCCUGGCGGGGCCGUCGCCCAUCCCCGGGCCACCCGCCCUCCCGGGACGCCUGGGGGCCGUCGCCCGCCCGCCCGGGACGCCUGGCGGGCCGUCGCCCGCCCCGUUCCCGGGACACCUGGCGGGCCGUCGCCCGCCCGCCCCGGGCCGCCUGGCCGGGCCCUGGCCCGGCCGUCCGGCCGCCUAGCCCCGCCCGUCCCGGACGCCUGGGCGGCCGUCGCCCGCCCCGCGGGCCCGUCGCCCGCCCGUCCGGGCGGGACCGCCGCCCGCCCUCCCGUCCCGGGACCGUGCCUGGCCAGGCGGGCCUCCCCGCCCGUCCCGGGACGGCCCUGGCCCGGGCCCGUCCGGCCCGGGCCCUCCAAGGGACGCCUGGGCGGGCCGUCGCCCGCCCGUCCCGGGAGGGACGCCUGCGUCCCGGCCGUCGCCCGCCCGUCCCGGGACGCCUGGCGGGCCGUGGCCCCGCGUCAGUUCCCGGGACCGGGCCGCCUGGGCGGGCCGUCGCCCGCCUCCCGUACCCGGGACGCCUGGCGGGCCGUCGCCCGCCCGUCCCGGGACGCCAGGCGGGCCGUGGCCCGCCCGCGUCCCGGGACGCCUGGCGGGCCGUCGCCCGCCCCCCGUCCCGGGACGCCUGGCGGGCCGUCGCCCGCCCGUCCCGACCCUGGGACGGGCCUGGCGCCCGUCGCGCCCGCCCGUCCCAGUCGGGCCUGCUGGGCCGUCUGCCCGUCCCGUCCGGGAACGCCUGGCGGGCCGUCCCGCCCGCCCACCGUCCCGGGACGCCUGGCGGGCCGUCGCCCGCCCGUCCCGGGACGCCAGGCGGGACCCGUGGCGAGCUUUGCCCGCCCUCCCUAUAGAGAGUAA